GCUCGUUAUUUUCCGCUGUGCUGGCUGGUCGCGCUUUUUCAAGGUUGCUUGCAAGUGGAGCAGCCGGAGCAGCAAGCUCGCGAGCCGACGUGGCCAGUGCCGUCGUCGCUUCUGUGCCGCCGCGUUUAUCGCACGUCGUGGCCUCCGCUGCCGCCAAGGUUGAAGUCGGUGUUUCAACACCUGCGGCUUCUUACGUCCACAGGCUCCUGUCUGCGAUCGCCGUUAUGCGUGGCGCGGCAGCUGCCAGCCCCGACAGCGGCGGCAGAAGCGGUCGGCGGCACGUCGUCGCCGGCAGGACUCGCGUCUGACAUACGCCAGCGACGUCGUGCCACUUGGUUUCGUUCCCGCGCUGCCGCUCUCGGCUGUUGCCACGAUGGCAGCCGACGCGUCCCACACCGGCGAGAUCGUCAAAGUCGUGCUCCUAUGCGUGCUCUGGUACGGCAUCAGCUCGGGCAACAACGUCGUCGGCAAGGUGGUGCUCAACAACUUUCCCUACCCGCUGACCGUGACCAUGGUCCAGCUGUUCUCCAUCACAGUGUACUCGGGACCCGCGUUUGCGUUGUGGGGCAUCAGGCCCUACCUGGACCUCGAGUGGGGCACCUACAUGCGGUGCAUCGUGCCAUUAGCGUGCGGCAAGUUCUUUAGCUCCCUCACGUCGCACGUCAGCCUCUGGAAGGUGCCGGUCUCCUACGCGCACACAGUGAAAGCCACCAUGCCUCUGUUCACUGUAGUAUUGUCUAGGAUCAUUCUGAAGGAAAAGCAGACGUGGACGGUCUAUGCAUCAUUGCUGCCCAUAAUCUUUGGGGUUAUGGUGGCAACUAUGACCGAGAUUUCCUUCGACAUGACUGGCCUGAUCAGUGCCUUGGUAUCCACCAUUGGCUUCUCGCUGCAGAACAUAUACACAAAAAAGGUUAUUCGAGACACCAAUGUUCACUACCUGCGCCUGCUGCAUACAUUUGCGAGGCUGGCGCUCAUGUUUUUCAUUCCGGUGUGGCUUCUCUUCGAUGCACGUCGUUUUAGCAAGGACACUUCUUUGUUCAAGCAGUCUGACGGCAUCACGGUGUUGCUGUUACUCUUUGUGGACGGGGCCCUCAACUUUGCUCAGAACCUGGUUGCGUUCACGGUGCUCAACAUGGUUUCACCGCUCACUUACUCCGUCUGCAACGCGACAAAGCGGAUUUCGGUCAUCACCGUGUCCCUGCUCAUGCUGCACAACCCCGUCACGCCCCUCAACGUCUUUGGCAUGCUCACCGCUGUGUUUGGUGUCCUCUGCUACAACAAGGCAAAAUAUGAUGCAAACAAAGCAGCCCGGAAAGCUCUGCCUGUGUCAUCUCAAGAUCUGAAUCCACUGAUUAAGACUGCUGACCAGCACAAGCACAUCAACGGCAUGAAUGGCACUGCGCUGCACCUUCUUAGCCCUUACAAUGAGAAGCUCAUGGGCCUUUGACAAGGGGACCCUAGCUAGACCACGUAAUGAACAGACUGCUUACUUGUGGCGACAGGGAGAUACAGUCAACAAAAAACAGUGGUUUAAGGGAAUGAGCAAUUCCAGAAUGUGUGCAGUGUCUGAAUGAAACUUAAGUGACGCGCAUGUUCGUGUGGUGAUUGACUGGAGGAAGAAAUUCUCGUCGAGCUUCUGCUUUUUGGAGCAGACGCUGCACAGCUGAACCGUCUGUGUUUGCACCGAAGGUCCAAGACAGAUUUUUCUCAACUUGGUUCCAAGUGUGACUACUUUUUGUUUACCUUUUUAUGCUUGUGAUUUCCUGUACAGUGUAAGUGCAUGCAGUCGACCCUGGUUAGACAAGUGUUAUCACGAAUUGGUAGCACCGCUAAAUCCCCAGAUGGUCCUUUGUUGCUUGAAACUGGAAACGGGAUCCCUACCUUGCGUUGUGAUAUGCGGGACGAUCCUAGAGAAGUUACUUUGCUUCCUUUUGUUUGUUGGUCUUGACUAGAAAGCUUUUGGCUAGAUUUUGUUGACAAAUGCUUUAAUAUAAAGUUGUUUUUUUUAUGUUGCAUGACUACUGCACUUAUUGCACGUGCAGUAGUCGCCGUCACGUGGUUGUUACAGCUAUUUAGACAAGCACAUGCUGAAUUGUGCAAGUGUUGUCUUGUGUGAUUGAGGAGCCAAUGCAAAUGGAGGCAGGGUGAAUGUGUAAUGUUAGAAGGAAAACUCAAUCUGCCGUGCUAGAUUACUUUUGAAGUUCAUUCUUUGCAAGUAACCUGGAUCAAGUGGUCUGUUUUCUAUUUUUAUAGGCCCCUUUCGUGGACAAUUUGUGCAGAAGGAUACAGACUUGUUGUGGAUUGUACUGUGACCUUUUACAGUGAUGUGAUGCUUCUUUGUAAUAUUUAUCACGUGUAUUGUGUAAUGAAUUCAUAGUGUGCACUUUCAUUGAGUGCUGUGUUCCCCACAAUGAACCCACAAUGUGCUGUGUUCACAUGUUUAUCCAUUUGCACAGGUUGAGUGUCUAGCAAGAGAAAACGGAUGUUGUUAUCCAAACUUUACUUCAUUCACUGUUCCGCAGUCGUAAAAUUGGCUAACAGUCUGUUAAAGGCAAUGCUAAUUUUAGUUAACAUGAGCUUAUUUGUUGGAUUUUUACUCUUACUUAUGGGUAGUUGCAGUGAAAGAUUUACACGAGUCAGAGGCUGAGGUUUCAAACUGAGGCCAUACAAGAUUGGGAACUUUUUCAAUCAACUCUAAAAUUAACAGGGAAGCAAUCCAUGCCGCUUGAUAUACUAUAACUUUAACAGUAUAGUGAGCACAGGCAUGGACUGUUCAUUAGUGUGCAAACAUGACAAAGCUAUGAAGCUUUUUUUUCCUGUUCUUAUUUCGGUUACAAAGGCUAAAUAGUGAUUAGCAGCAUAUCGUACAAUGUGUCACAUGCCUAAUCUAGAGUGUAAUGAGAGCUGUAUGCUUCUUGGCAGCCAUAUCCUUUGUAUAGUCUCUUUGGUUCUGCAGAGCAAUGUAAACAAGAAGUCAAUCUUGAACUGCUUCAGUAGUGUGCCCAGUUUAGUCAAUCCACAACUACAUUCUCACGCCUAAUGUGACUGUGUGCCUUGGCUGAGUGAGAGUUUAUCGGUUUCUUCACUGGUGCACUUUGAUUGACACCUUUAUAUAUCAUCCCGACAGAGCCUAGUUACGGUGAUGUAUUAAAAACGGAUCUGUGAAAUUGAGCUAGUCAUGCAGCCAAUGUUACGUGACUAGUAGUUCUUUAAUGCCUGCGCUACCAUUCGGGGGUGUAUGGCUGCAGUAAUUGUUGCGGUGUUUAAGUAUAUUUCUGAGGCUGUGGUACUCAUGGUAACUUAUCGAAUUACACUGCGAAUCCAUUGCUGUUUAUAAAAUAGUGUUUAAUAUUUGCCUAAGGCCCAAUUCACGUUUUGUUAUUGAAACUCAUGUAGGGCAGAUGUGCUCUCAAUAGACGUGUUCUCAAACAAUCUCCUGCUCUAAACAUGGAGGAUAUGUAAACUUCAAAGAAAAAUGAAAUUUCGCCCACUGAAACAGUCAAGAUUGUUUUAGGCCUUAUGUUGUAUUAUAAAUUGGAGUUGUGUUAGAAGGAAGAACUUCUUGAAGUUGUUGUGAAUCGCAUAGAACAUUCCUCUCGUUAUGUCUUUGAUUUAAUGUUAUAGAGCUUCAUUGCUUGCAAGUAAUUGUCUAAAGCUCAUUGCUACAUUCCUAUGGCAGAAGAUUAUCAUAGUAGUGUUACUCUUUUCUAUUUAUUUGUUUCUAUGCUUUUUAAUGUUGCACUUGUUGUUUCAUUGAACCAUGAAAGGGAAAGGAAAAUGAAUGAGCAGCUGCAAGCCUAACUCAGCUCUCCAAAGUUUUGCUGUAUCAUAUGCAGUGGUUACAAUAGCAUUAAUACUAAAGAGAAGUUGAGUUAGAUUGGCAGAUUAUACGUCUGGAAUGCCAGGGUGGCCAGCCUUGUAGUGAGUAGAGGCUUGGUAAGGUGGAAAGAAUGAAGAAACAAAAUGAAAGACGAGUGGUGAGGUCACCUUGGACUUGCUUCCCGAUAUGUCGACGAUUUUGACAUUCUUUGGAGCUAAUUAAAUUGUUCAUCAGUGACGAAUGAUUGCAUUGAUUCAAAAGUAAGGAAAUGCACAUCCUGGAAGCUUUGUGAACUUCUGCUGUGUAGAAACUGGACAAGUGUGCUAAAAUAUAGUGGACUCCACGAUGACACACUGAUAUGCUUGAGCACAAAACUCAAAAGGUGAAAUUUGGUUGUCAUUCUCCACCAAUUAUCAACUUGGGUUCUAGCUCUGCCAAAUAGAGUUUCGAAAGAGUAGUCUACCAAUCUAAACUGAUUUAUUGUUUCUGAAAAAUGUUGAAAAAAAUCAAAACUGUCUUAUUGAGAGAAGCAUGUUGCAGUAUAAGUUGCUGUUUUGCUAAUGUACAAUUGUUUCACUUCGUAUGCAUGUAAGGUAAUGUCCGUUAAACAGUAUACCACAUUAGUGUUUUCGUGCAGUAGGGUCAUCUUUCCUGCUUGCAUAUUUAGCAGUGGUGAUUCUUCUUCCAAGGAACUUCAAGAAAUUUUCGUUGUAAAUAUAUUUUAGUACAGUCUGCUGAGGGACUCUGACGCUCCCAAAGGAACAUUAUGACAAAACUGAAUAAACUAAACAUGCUUCCAAGAUAUUUAACUGAGUUGGGCAGUGCAAAUUUCCUCUGCUAGAUCUUCCAGACUUCAUUAUAUUGUAUGGGGCCAUCAUUUAAUGCCCUUGUCUAUGACAAUGAGUUUCCGAGUUUCCCGUAGCACAGUUGUUGCUUUGAAACAUUCAACCAUUCAGUUCAAGAGUUAAGAAAUUUCAUGCCUUUGUGCUGGUGUUCAUUGUGGCUUGAGUACCAGUGAAUUUUCAUCUAUUUAUUUGAAGCUCCGCAUGGCUUGGCCGUGACUUCAUAUAGGAGAAUGUCCAUACGAGGGAAGAUCAAAAACAGUUUAUCCGUAAUCAAACAGAAUAAAACGCAUAAAAGUCUAAAAAUUGGACCCCUCUCAUAAAAUUAUGAGUGGCUUGUAGUUGAAUGGUUUUAAAUAAUCGGUCUGUGUAAAACUGAUAACUGAUAUAUACAUUGCAAAAGCUGCACAUAGACAAUGGGCAUAAAUAGACAUAAAUAGUUUACGCUGGGCAGCAACACAGGCCUUGCUUGCUUGCUAUCGCUGUCCUCUUCGAGUGAAACUGCAAUUAAAAGACUGCAGAUUUGUGGACUUGUAUUUGUGAAUGUGCAAGAAAGCAGCCACUGCUAGUUGGGAAUACACGUUUCACUUUCGUGUUGUGAUAAAUUGCUCUGAAAGAGGGAUCAAACACUUUUUUGAAUGGCUUUGCAGUCAUUCUAUAGAAAUGCGGUAUAUUAAACGCAGUGGGCCGCAUGAAGGACUGUGCUGUGGCCGAUAGCAACUAAGAGCUGUCUGAGAGUGACAACGAUGGAAACUAAGUGUGAAUAAAUUUCUGUUAGGUUACACCUGUUUUCCG